AUGUACGGAAACAUCAAAGCAAGCAACGCCAUUCUUGUAGAGAUGGACGCGGAGGCUGGAGGUUUCCGAACGCUUCUUGUCGGUGACCCUAAGGAGCUUAUCAAUGACUCUAUGGCGGAGCUGCAUAGUGAAAUCACGAAGAUCUAUGAGAAGCUCUCGGUGGGGGCAGUAGUCUCCAAUAUGAUAAUGAGAUGGAUGAUUUUGGAGUACUUGUCGCCGACCAUUCUUGACAUUCGAAUUCCAGCACUGUUAGCCAAGCAAAUGCAAUACAGGACAUUGCCAUGGCAAUCUGUUUCCUGGCCCACCAAAUUUUCGGAAAACUCCCUUCAAUCAAGCCAUGAGAGAGUCUUUCAAACGGCCUUCAGGGCCGUAGGCGAUUUUCCACAACGAAUCACCUACCAACAGCCAGAGAAUCGAAUCGGAACAGAGAAGUGGACUCAAAUGCGCCACGUAUGCAAUAGGGUGUUUGAGUGGAUAACGAACGAUGGGAGGCUCAUAGACAGAACGGGGGUAUUGAGAUCCCCCAUCACAUCAUCAAAAAUAUAG